CAGAGUUCAAAAUGUCGGACGAUUGUGGUUUACUUUUUUGACAAAAGGAAAUUUUUCUUAUAAUAAUCUAGAGAGAGUGACGUUGUUCCUUGUAAAAUAUCUACUAGAUCUCACUAAGUAACUGCGGUGCGCAACCCAAAUUAAGUUCUCAGAAUGGUGAAGAAAAAGAGACAGAGCGAUCCAUCGGAAAACGGUGAUGAAUCGACUGAAUCUUGCGAUGAAACUAUUAAAUCCACAUGCCCUCACGUUGCGAAGGCCGUGGACCUAGCAAAAUUGAAAAGAGCCCUUAAAACUAGUGGAUUUGAAAAGGAAUGUGCCGAAUGCAAGAAAAAUCCGAAAACCGAGGACGACGACCCGAAUUUUGAGAUAGAUUUGUCUUUGUGGAUGUGUCUUCGUUGUGGGGGCCAAUUAUGUGGACGAGCCCGAAAUAAGCACGCCCUUAACCACUUUAACACGCCACACUCUGACUGUCAUGCCCUCACUGCUAACACAACCUCUUGGGAAGUGUAUUGUUAUAACUGCAACAAUGAAGUCACAGCUACUAGUUCUAAAAAACUGCAUGAAUGUAUUGAAUAUCUUAAAAAACAGGCUAUUGGAAACCCUAGACUACCACCUAUAGAAUUGUUUCUUGACCCGCAAAACAAGAAUAUAGAAGUCCCAUUAACUGUAGAAAAUAUAAUUAUAACUGAUAAGGUUAAAGAUAAAGCUAUGGCUUUAAAUUUACCUAGAGUUAGAGGCCUGUCAAACCUAGGUAAUACUUGCUUUUUUAACUCAGUAAUGCAGUGCCUAGUGCAAACUCCAUAUUUGUUGGAUGUGUUGCAAGAGAUGGCUACACCAGGGGAGAGAUUUACAUUACCGGGUGGAAAGUUAAAGCUUAAAGGUGAAAAUGGAGAUGAUGGAAAGGAAGUUGACCUUCCCCCAAUUACAGGACAACUUGCAGAGUGGGGACCUUUAACUAGAACACUGGCAGAAACAUUGGCUGAAUUACAGACAGGUGAGGGUGGGGUGUACACUCCACGUAAGCUACUCUCGGCUCUAGUCAACAAGUUACCACAAUUUGGUGGUGGAGAUCAACAUGACUCACAUGAACUCUUACGACACUUACUUGAAGCUGUCAGAUCAGAGGACCUUCGUCGUUACCAAUCAGUGAUUUUAAGCAGCCUCGGUAUGAACUCCAAGGUUGAUCCAUCCAAAGUGGAUGGUGAUGUGAAACAGAAAGUCAAAUUUUAUGGUCAGCAGGCAUCCGAUACUAUGCUUAGACCUGAGCAGGUGUUCCGUGGAUUUCUAGUGUCAACACUGGAAUGUCAGGAAUGUUACCAGCAAUCAGACAGAGCCGAGUACUUCCUUGACUUGUCUUUGCCUGUAGCAGCUUCACGACCACAACCACCGGCCCUUACCAGGAGAAGAGCGAAUGACGAAUCCGCAUUCAAUGUUCAAGACGAGAACAAACCUUCUAAACAUCAGCUCAAGAAAGAGAGACUCGCUGCUAAGAAAGCUUCUAGAAGAAACAAAGGCACUAAAGACAAAUCUUCAGAGGUGAACGGCAAGGAAGACGGUAAAUCAUCUUCAGAGCAGUCUGACGCUGACGUAGAGGACAACCUGGACGAAAUGCCCAAGAUUGCCCAGAACCAGACUUCUAACACCCCAUCUGUCACCCACACUGCAGCUAACUUUGCAGCCUACCACAUGGAGUCUGGCUACAAUUCGGAAAAAGUCAUCAGCUCCGACUCCAUCAGAACUAGCCCGGUCGAUUUAGACAAGGAGAAAACUGAUAAUACUCCAGAAUCAACCGAUAAAGACAAGGACUUCGCCGAAGCGGCCUCGUCAACCGCAGCCCUCGAUUACAAACCCUUGAGCCGUCUGGAGAACCUUUCGAACCCAGAUUCGGGAGUGGCCAGCCCCGAUGCCACCAAACACAACUCCACAGAGACGGUCGACAACGUCGACUCGCCUAUCAACGGAAAAGAAUUGGGAAGUCACAGCUCCCUAUCCAGCGAAAUCAACCUAGAUCUCUCCAGCCCUCUGCAUAAGUUAUCCCCGAUCAAGAACGAUUACGAAAGACCGGUGUCGAGAAUAUCGUUCGCUCCCGAGUAUUCGAACGAAGUCGUCUCGCGCGGCAUCAGCACCCAAGGGUCGAAGGACCUCUUGGAGAACAAUUGGGAGUUCAACGCCGUCGGCCCGCAGAACGACAUAAAUAAUCAGGAAGUCAGCAGUAAAUUGGAAAAGCUAAAGUUGGAUAUGGACGACAUUAAGCCCAAACCGACUUUACCGUCGCCCGUCGACGACGCGCCACCCUCGCUGCCCAGAUCCAGUCUCGAACCGGAGAGGAACUUCGGGGGAGCCAGUCGAGAUUUUAUGUCCUUCUCGAGGCCGAGCCCUCUUUUGCCGAGAUACGUUUGCGACGAAGACGAAUGCAGCAUUCAGUCUUGCCUCAGCAAUUUCACUGCCCUCGAGCUGUUGACGGACAACAACAAAGUCGGCUGCGAAACCUGUACGGAGAGGAUCAACGGGAAAAACGGGAAGACGGUGUACACCAACGCGUCGAAGCGCUUCCUCGUGUCCAGUCCGCCGGCUAUUCUCAUCCUUCAUUUGAAGAGGUUCCAGAUCGGCCCACGAUGCAUGUUCAGGAAGAUGUCUAAGCACGUGGACUUUCCGACGAUUCUCGAUUUGGCUCCGUUCUGCGCCAUGGAUAAGCUGAAGAAGCUCCCGAACGUCAAUCGCGGUCAGAACGAAUUGCUGUACUCCUUGUACGGGGUAGUGGAGCACUCCGGGGGCAUGCACGGGGGCCACUACGUGGCGUACGUUAAAGUGCGACAGGCUGUCAAAAGGGACGAUCCGAAAUGGUGGUUUUUGCCCAAGAGUGCUAACAUACCGGCUUCGGGAAGCGGCGAAGGCGACGGCGAUUCGGAAUCCGAUCUGUCGGGUUACGAAUCCGGCGAAGGAGCAGCUCCGAGCGCGGAGGCUCCCUCGGGAAGAUGGUUCUACGUCUCCGACAGCAUGGUGUCCGAAGUGACCGAAGACAAAGUAUUACGGGCCCAAGCGUAUCUUCUGUUUUACGAAAGGAUUUUAUAAAUCUAACCCGGCCUAAGAUUUCUACGGAUGGCAUUUAAGUGGAAGACUGACGCUUUGUAGGGUCGGAAUGAGUAAGAUUUGUUAAGUUUAAUGUUCUGUAUAUAGUUUUAAAAGGCUUGUCAUUUUCUCUAAUUUGUAUAUUAAUUAGGAGUUUCAUUGAUUUUAUUUGUACAAUAGUAAUUAUUUGUACAUUUGCAGUUAAAAUUCAACUGCUCGAUAUGAUUUGAACGGUUGUCAGACGGUUCCUACAUUUUUUUAUUUGUAGCUUCCGGCUCAUUACUCGUCUCAUAUUUAAACAUAGUGAAAUAUAUGCUGUAUAAUACUAUCAUUUGUCCUAAAGGUGCUCCUACAUACUUAUGAACUGUAUCACUUUAUCAUUGUAGGUGCACCUUUAUUUUUAUAAGGAAUCUUUUACCUGCUCGUAGUCAAAGUAAUAUGCUAUCGAAGAUUCUCUCGUAGUAAUUGUGGUUGUCAAUAAUAUGCUUGUCGGCAAAAUAGUAGAUUUUAAAUGUUUGGGACUCGUAAAGGGAUAGUCUUCCAUUGGUUGUCAAGGUCUUUCAUACCCUUAUAUUGUAUUUAUAAUUUUAAUGCGUUUUUAUUUAAAAAAUAUUACGUUGAAUCCUGUACUGUAUUAAUUUUUUAUGCUUCAUUACUCUAAUAAAAUAGUUUUACCUCAAUAAU